AUGUCAGGGGUGUUACCGUACACGCAUGCGUUCGGCAGCGUUACGUCACUCUCCCGCGCCGCCGCGCUGCUGCGCUAUUGGCGGUCGGCGGAGACAACCGAACCGAUCCCCGCGCGUCUCACCAAGCAUCCUAAGCCUUUGUCCUCCAACCCGAAACUCGAGGAGAAGGCAUCGGCUUCCCACUCCGCGAAAGCUGCCUUUCCGGAUGGUCAAGUCCCGACCCUUACACCAGCGUCUGCCGAGUGGCUCAAUGAGUUCGGCAAGGACGCCAACAUGCAGCACCGCAUGGCGUCUGAGAUCUGA